GGGACAGCUUGACCUCGCCAUCAUCCAAGCCCGAGGCCGUAUCAGCAUCGGAAAACAACAUCAUCCGCGCAUCUUCCACAGGUACCCCAUCGUAACCUGUGGAAUUCAUUCAUCUUUAUUUCUCAAGUCUUUUUAUUUACCUUGAUUUGAAGAACCCCUGUUUCUCUCCCUCUUGGACGGUCCUCGACCGCUAGAGUCGCCAUGAGGUCGACAAUUGGCCUGUCCGCCAAAUGGACGGCCUUGCUGUUCCUGCUCGGCGCGCUGGUCUGCCUGAUUCAUCCUGCCGCCGCUGUCAAGGAAAACGACUUCAAGAAGUGCCACCAGUCUGGCUUCUGCAAGCGGAACCGUGCCUACGCCGACAAUGCCGCCUCCCAAAACUCGAACUGGAACUCGCCCUACGUCAUUCUCGCUGACUCUGCCUCAUUGAAUGAUGGCCAGCUUCAGGCCACGAUUAUCAAGACAAUCAACAAGGAGGGCGAUACUGUUCGACUUCCUUUGACCAUCUCCUUCCUCCAGUCCGGCACCGCCCGAGUUACCGUGGACGAAGAGAAGCGACAGCAGAAAGACAUUGUGCUUCGGAACGACAGCCCAGUUAGGAAAGAGAGAUACAACGAGGCUGAAAGUUGGGUCAUUGUGGGCGGUCUCGAGCUGGACAAGGAGGCUCAGGUCUCUUCGCAAGACACGACCCAACUCAUCGUCAAGUAUGGCCCUGAAUCCAAGCACGAGGCUGUCAUCAAGUUCUCGCCUUUCGAGAUUGAUUUUAAGCGGGACGGAGCCUCGCAUGUCAAGUUCAACGAUCGCGGCCUGCUCAAUAUGGAGCACUGGAGACCCAAGAUCGACAAAGAGGAGGGCGAGGAUACCUCAGAUGAUGAGAGCACCUGGUGGGAUGAGUCCUUCGGCGGAAAUACCGACUCCAAGCCUCGUGGCCCCGAGAGUGUGGCACUGGAUAUUACCUUCCCUGGCUAUGCCCAUGUAUUCGGUAUUCCUGAGCAUACCGGCCCUCUGUCUCUGAAGCAGACUCGCGGUGGCGAUGGGAACUACGAGGAGCCGUACCGAAUGUACAACUCGGAUGUGUUCGAGUAUAUCAUGGACAGCCCCAUGACCCUCUAUGGGUCGAUUCCUUUCAUGCAGGCUCAUCGAAAGGAUUCCUCUGUCGGUGUCUUUUGGCUUAAUGUUGCUGAGACCUGGGUUGAUAUUACCAAGGGUGAGGACACCGUCAACCCCUUAAGCCUUGGUAUCAAGUCAAAGACGAGCACCCACACGCACUGGAUUUCAGAGAGUGGCCUCCUCGAUGUCUUUGUAUUUAUGGGUCCCACGCCUGCCGACCUGACCAAGGCUUACGGUGAGCUGACUGGCUACACGGCCAUGCCUCAGGAGUUUGCCAUUGGUUACCACCAGUGCCGAUGGAACUACAUUUCAGAUGAUGAUGUUAAGGAUGUUGACCGCAAGAUGGACAAGUCAAAGAUCCCGUACGAUGUCAUCUGGUUGGAUAUCGAGUACACCGACGGAAAGAAGUACUUCACCUGGGAUCCUCACUCCUUCGGCAACCCCAUCAGCAUGGGCGAGCAACUUGACGCCCAUGGCCGAAAGCUGGUCGUGAUUAUUGACCCCCACAUCAAGAACGAGGCUGGGUACAAUGUUGUUUCUGACAUGACCUCCAAGGACCUUGCAGUCCACAACAAGGAGAACAAGCUCUUCGAAGGUUGGUGCUGGCCUGGUUCAUCGCACUGGAUCGAUUGCUUCAACCCCAAGGCCAUUGAGUGGUGGAAGUCACUUUUCAAGUAUGAUUCCUUCAAGGGAACCAUGGAGAACACCUUCAUCUGGAAUGACAUGAACGAACCUUCAGUCUUUAAUGGACCUGAGACGACCAUGCCCAAGGACAACAUCCACUUUGACAACUGGGAACAUCGCGAUGUCCACAACCUCAACGGCAUGACCUUCCACAACGCUACUUUUGAGGCCCUCCUUUCUCGCAAGAAGGGAGAGCUGCGACGCCCGUUCGUCCUGACUCGUUCAUUUUACGCUGGAUCCCAGCGGCUGGGUGCCAUGUGGACGGGUGACAACCAAGCUGACUGGGCCCACCUGGAAGCUUCUAUCCCCAUGGUCUUGAACCAGGGUAUCUCGGGAUUCCCCUUUGCCGGAGCUGAUGUUGGAGGCUUCUUUGGAAACCCCGACAAGGACUUGAUCGCUCGUUGGUACCAGGCUGGCGCCUUCUAUCCCUUUUUCCGAGGACACGCCCAUAUCGAUGCGCGCCGCCGUGAGCCAUAUCUCCUGGGCGAGCCAUAUACACAGAUUGUGACAGCUGCUCUCCGACUGCGAUAUAGCCUGCUCCCCGCGUGGUACACGGCCUUUUUCGAGGCUAACCGAGAUGGUAGCCCCAUCCUGCGACCCAUGUUGUGGACUCAUCCGUCCGAAGAGGCCGGACUUGCGAUCGAAGACCAGUUUUUCGUGGGAUCAACAGGUCUCCUGGCGAAGCCCGUCGUGCAGCAGGACAAGUCGGCGGUUGAUAUCUGGAUUCCUGAUGAGGAGAUCUACUACGACUACUUUACCUACAAGACGGAGAAAACCCAUGCUGGCAAGCACCUAACGGUUGCUGCUCCGCUGGACCGCAUCCCCAUGCUCAUGCGCGGUGGACACGUGAUUCCACGUCGCGACAUUCCUCGGCGAUCAAGUGCCAUGAUGCGGUUUGACGACUACACGCUGGUUGUUACCGUGUCCAUGGCUGGAACGGCUGAAGGCGAACUCUACGUUGAUGAUGGAGACUCGUUCGACUACGAGCAAGGCCAGUAUAUCCACCGCAAGUUUAGCCUCAGUGGCAACGUCCUGACCUCAGUUGACGCUGAGGGCCGGGACACCAAGUCCAUCGAGGCCGGCGAGUGGCUCAAGGCUAUGGAUGAGGUGCGUGUGGACAAGAUCGUCAUUGUUGGAGCGCCGUCCGCUUGGAACCUGAAGGAGGUUCAGGUAGAGUCGGAGGGCCAGACGUGGACAGCUAAGGUGCAGUACCACGCCGUCACUAGAGGGCGAGCCGCCUUUGCGACUGUGGGCAGGGUGGGAACCAAGAUUGGCGCAGACUGGAGCAUUAAGCUGGAGUAGACACAUUGGUUACCAGUGGAGAAUAGCCAGAAUAGAGAGCCCAGAGAGGCGGCGGGCACGGCGGCGCCAUCCGCGCGUGGCCGUGCUGAACACAAUCGUGGUGGAGAUGGAUGACCUGUGAAGACAACUUGUGCGCGAAGCGGAAAGGGAAAGAAUCGGCAGCGGAAGAGUUGGCAACGGCGAUCAUCGCCCAGAGCGCGCGUCGUCCAGUGGGCUCCGGUCGGGAUAGUGGGUGGAGAUGUCAUGUCCCAUUACGAUUCACGCACAAAAUUGGCGAUGAACUGGAUUACGGCCCGCAAAUUCUUAAGAUAGAAGGUUGAAGAGAUGGGCACGUAACCAGCACGGGCCAAAUUAAGGAUGGAUUUGAAAGCUUAUAUGUUGCCAAUCUUAGACUCGCUCGCCGAGGGCUCCGUAGGAUUGCC